UAUACAUAUUCCUCCAACUUUCCAAAUUUCAUAUAGAGAAAAUUUAGCCACAAAGCUAACUCAUCGGAGAAAGAAACAAUGAAGCUCACUAUGCCGGAGGCACCGAAAGACCACCAACCGACCGGCCGAAUCUUCGUAACAUUAUCGGAGAUUCUCGCGUUACUUACAAAGCAAGCUAGCCGCUUAAAAGGAAAAGCGAAAGCAACGAUGAUCAGAGACGGCGAAUGGAGGAUCGAUCUCAAGGCGCCGAAGUCGGUAUUAUUGAAACUCGGGAAGAAGAAGACCACGAAGAAGAAGCAGCCGGAGGAAGAAUGGAGAAACGGCGCAAUUUGGCAGAAGGAGAUAUUGAUGGGAGGAAAAUGCGAGCCGUUGGAUUUUUCCGGCGUUAUUUAUUAUGAUAUUAACGGUAAACAGACGACGGAGUUUUCUCUCCGGUCACCACGCGCUAGUCCUUCGCCGGAUUAUGUCACGCGCCGGUGAUAUUUGAUAUGCACGUGAUGUGUUGUUGGUGUCACGUGUGUUUUAUUUUUAGUGUUUUUGCUGUUAUUGUUUGAUUCGUAGUAUCCACUAAUUAAACAUGGCUGUAACUUAUGUAUCUAAUUUUGGAUUUGAGAAAAGUAAAUUUUUGA